UAUAAGCUAUGAAAAGGUAGACAUGAACAGUGACUUGCACAGCAAAAAAUCAUUUGGACGAUUGAUAGACGUACAUGGACAAAUCGAAACUGUACUAGAUAUAAAAACCAAGUUGAAGGCUUCAAAGUCUGUAUGUAAAAUAAUCCAGGGUAAUAAUACCGCCACAGGGUUCCGUGUUGGAUCUAGAUAUAUCAUGACAGCUUCUCAUGUAACAAAUACAUUUCAGCAAGGACUGAAGUUUGAAGCAGCAACUUAUGCAGUUUUCAACUACUUAAAAGAUGGUAUUUGGGAAGAGGAAAACAAAUUCUAUUUCAAAGAAGUAGUAUAUACAAAUCCAGAAUUGGACAUUUCUGUUAUAGAACUUCUAGAAAUCCAUCGCCCAUUUCCACCUCCUUUCACAAACUUUGAUGUGCCUUUCCUGGACGGAUGUUUCCAUUUGAUAGGUCAUUCUCAAGGAAAUGUUAUGGGAACAAAUCCAGUGACAAAAAUUGUUAACAUUAACAAUCCAGAAGUAACAUAUCAGCUAGAACAAUUGAAAACAUUAAGCUAUAAGCAUACAGGUAGAAGCUUUGAUGUUCCGCCACAUAACACAUUGGAAAAUCCAGAUCGGUUUUUAUUUCAUUGUAAGUUUACCCAAGGUGGAAGUGGGUCACCAGGGGUAGUUCUUAUUGAUGAAAAAAUUAUUGUAACAACAGUUUUGUUGCAUGGCUACCCGGACUGGUAUUAUGAUCCCUCGAUGGAAAUGUAUAAAAUGAACUGGCUACAGGAGAACUGUAUAGAACAAGGAGUAAAUAUGAUGUCUGUACGUGAGAAAAUGAAGCAAACAAAUCCAGCCUUGUGUAUCAAUAUAUUUGAGCAGACCUCAUGGCAGUAAAGGAGAAUAUUACUCCUUACAUUAAAGCUGUAUUUAAUAAAUGUCAUCAACACAAAAAUAGCGACAUUUCAUUAAUAAAUUAG